AGUGCAAAAACCCGAGGGAAAAGGAGGAUGGCCACACAGUUUUAGCCAAAUAACGCAGUGAACCAACUACCUCGAAGCUCACAGUGUAAUAUGAACGCUAGAAUCUCGAAUGCACGGUCUCGUGAAAGGUCCUGUAAGAGUAAUCCUCACGUGGACGCAGCUGGAGCAUGAAAACAUCCCAGUAACGAGACUCAGGGAUAGCACCUCUUUCUCCUUCUCGUUGACAGUUUACAGUAGCGGUGUACGAACACACGCCGGUGUUUUCAGCACUUGGACUGAAUAUGUACGGGGGACAUUCACAGGGGAAAGACUUUAGAGCGGUUGCUAUGGUGCUGAAGGAGCUACCAAGUAUGGCAUCCUCAGAUGGAAAACCCCUGCUCACCGUGACAACCAAGUUGUGUAGUGAGCAGCAAGAGAGCCGUCCGUUACUGAGCCCUUCUAUUGAUGACUUCCAGAGUGAGAGCAAGAGUGAUACAUCCACACGGCCAGUCACCUCCAACAAAGCAGUUUUGUCCACAGGACUAGACUUGGUGGACUUGAGUGAACCUUGUGAGAGAAGGUGGAGUUGGGACAGACAGAGUCCAUGUGGGUCUCGAAAGAAUGGUUUCUCUAAGAGUAGCCUUCACAAGAAGAAGACUGAAGAGAAUGAGCUGCUCCAUGUGGAGACAGAGGCAUCAACUCCCAGCUGUCCUGAAAGAGCCUUAUUAGAUUCAGUGAGCAGCUCACCCUUGGAGAAAUGGGAGGAGGUGAGCCUUCACCCAGACGGUGCCUUGAAUGGAGGGAGGAAGUUGAGAUAUGAGAGGAAGAUGUGCACCUCCAACCAUUCAUCUAGAGAGCUUUUGUGGUCUGCAGACUUUAAAAGCACGGAGUCAGACCCUGGGCCAUCCCCUCAGCGGCCCCAGCUAGGCAGUAAAUUACUGCGGAGACAACACUCAGUAGUGGAGGAGUUUGUUCGAGCCAAGGCUGCUGUGGAGUCAGACACUGAGUUCUGGGAUAAAAUGCAAGCAGAGUGGGAGGAGCUGGCACGGAGGAACUGGUUGGAGGAUGCUGACAGUGAAGGCCUGGUUCCACUCAACUUUUCACCCACUGAGAAGGGUUACUGUUUCCAUUCUAAUAACCCUUUCAAAGACUACACCGAUGCCUUUGAACUGGGGCUCCAGAAAUGCAGGGAUGGGGAUCUGAACAGUGCUGUACUACUGCUAGAAGCAUCCAUCUUACAAGACCCUCAAGACUCAGAGGCUUGGCAGGUUUUAGGUACCACACAAGCAGAGAAUGAGAAUGAGCAGGCAGCCAUUGUUUGUCUUCAGAGAUGUUUGGAGCUGUGCCCAAACAAUCUGAAGGCCCUGUUGGCCCUGGCAGUGAGCCUGACCAAUACAGGACAGCAACCGGAAGCUUGUGAGGCUCUCCACCGCUGGAUUAGAUACAACCCAAGAUACAGACAUCUACUCCGGGAUCGCAGCCCUCUAGAUCAUUUGAAAACCCCUGCUCUAGAUGGUUCCACACUGCCUCGCCGCAGAGGGUCCUUCAUAUCCCAUAUUUCAACUCUCGGAUGCUCUCAGCUGGUGGAGGUGUUGGAGCUGUAUCAGGAAGCAAUGCAGCAGAAUUCUGAAGGAGUGGACUCUGAUCUCCAGACAGGCCUUGGUGUGCUCUUCAACCUCAGCUCAGAGUUUGACAAAGCUGUCGACGCCUUUAAAACUGCACUUUCUGUCCGGCCUGAGGACUAUCUGCUGUGGAAUCGCCUUGGGGCCACGCUGGCAAAUGGGGACCGCAGUGAGGAGGCAGUAGAGGCCUACACCAGAGCUCUGGAGCUCCAGCCAGGCUUCAUCCGUUCGAGAUACAACCUCGGCAUCAGCUGCAUAAACCUAGGGGCACAUAGGGAGGCAGUGAACAACUUCCUGACAGCUCUGCACCAGCAAAAGAAGAGCAGGGGUCAUCAGGUGAUGUCCAGCAACAUCUGGGCAGCUCUGCGGAUUGCCCUCUCCCUCAUGAACCAACCAGAACUUUUCCAGGCAGCCAGCGUGGGAGAUCUGGACCUCCUAAUGAGGGCCUUUAACAUGGAUAUAUGAUCAAACUUGCACCUGUGAAAUCUAUCAUUCAUGUACUGUAGGCAUAAAGUUAGGCUUUAAUGAGUAUGGAAUGUCAAUAUGAUAUGUACAGCUAAUUUUGUUGUAUUUAUGGGCAGCCUCUGUCUUCUUCAGAGGUUAUUAAAGAGUGUGUUUAUCUCCUAUAGAGCACAAACAGAAUAGUUGAUGGGUUUUGAAAGUAGAGGAAUAAAUGUCAAAGAGAGUGAGAGCUAAAGCACCUUUUUCUUGAUGUUUGUUAUAUUUUAUAUGUUAUCAGAAAACUGUGUAUACUUUAGAAAAAUUAACCAAACCUCGUUGGGAAAUAUAGGAGGAAUAUUGUUUCGUUUGUGGAUGGGAAUUGAGUAUUAAUCCUUUCAAAAACCUAGCUGUUUAUCACGGCCAAUUCUGAAGAACUCUUUUUCAGUUUGAGUGUUUUUAAUCUGUUCAUUUUACUAUGUUAAUUUAUGUGUCUUUCCACAAGGUGGCACUGUUGUUUCGCUGAAAAGAGCAUAGCCAUAUAUCCAGUCCUCUAUUAAGCCCAGUGAGGCCAAGUGCAGUGUGUGGAAUGAUGCUAGCUGAAUUUCACUUUAGGACACUACCCUUUCAGGGUGAUCUGUGCCCAUGUGUGCAGGCAGGGCGUGUUCCCCAGGCUUCCAGCAAGACCCUUUUAAUGCUGCAUGCUCCAGGGCAUUCUGGAUCAUGGCUCGGUGGGAAGUAACUUCAAAGACUCUGCAUGAAAGGUCACAGCAAAAGCAGUAUCAUGUUGAAAGUGAGUGAGUUUAUGUAAGACCGUUAGCCCAAACAUAUAAAGGGACUAAAUACAUUCACAAAUCUAUGAACAGCGUUUUUGGCAUAUAUUUCAGUUGUUUGGCCUGGUAAGUUUGAAGUGCAAUUCAUGUGACUGAAAUUGCUCUCUCUCUAUAUAGAUAGAGCAGUUUCUAGCGAAGAAGCCAUGUGCUAGAACAGUUAAGAUUUCGGCUCCUUCAUAUACAAUUAGGCUGGAUAUUUUCGUUGAAGACAUAACUAUGCAAACCAGCAAUUUAUUUAUUGCUGAAAUUACCAAAAAAAAAAAAAAAACUAACUUUGGUGUCUUUAUAAUUUUGCUACUAUGCAUUAUGAGUAAAACUGGUGUAACAGGAGUUAGCUGAAAUAAUUGAAGGGCACUGAAUGACACACAGUAUUUAAAGACAUAAAUAGCAUUUAUUCGUCUUUAUAAUUUAGUUUGGGCAAAGACAGAUAAAUUGCUUCAUUAGAUGCACCUACAAUUUAAAUAUUACAAAUGAAAUCUGAUGAUUGCAUGUAUGAUACACAAAAGAGAUGGUCUAUUUUAACUUUAAAGUGAAUGUAACUACUAUUGAUAUACAUUUUUUGACAGACCAAAAUUCCAACACAAAUACACUAUAUAUAACAAUAUUUAAAAUCAUAUGCCAUGUAUGAACACAGUAUGCGGGCAUUGAUGACAUGUAUUGUAGUAAAUUACACUAGUUUUCCUAAGACCAGAGCUGCAGAGCAGAAUAGCAAGAGGAAAUGUAUUUAUUUAUUUGUAAAAUAGAUUCUUUCAUGGAACAGUCACAAAAUGUAUGCAUGUCUACUCAUCAUUUAUCAUCUUUUAAUCCUACAUUAACAUUAAUAUUAACAAGAUGCAUUUAUAGCCAAUUUAUUAAAGUUGUAUUUUAGAAGAACUGAAA